AGAGAGAGAGAGAGAGAGAAAAAAACGGUACCACCAACUACUGUGUGGAUGGUCAGGCUUGUGUAGUUAUGGAAGCGGCGCUAAGCAAGCGGAAUCCAGCGUUGAGAUUAGCGGAUUUGGCAGCUAACAAAUACCAUCCCCAUCAGAAUAUGUCAGGUUUCCCGGGGCUGGCGAGUCAUACACACAUCCACCCUGGGGAGAUGAGCAACGAUCCAAGUGUGGCACUCACCUCUUUCGGGCCUGAGCACGUGGCUCAGUCCAGCGGUGCUCUCAAACUCAGUCCAUCUCAGCAUAUGGCCGGGCACCCCGAGACUCAGGCAGCGACGAUUUUCGGCUCCGCGCAGAACUCGGUCAGUUACUCAGCGGGUCAUCCCCACACGGGCUACGGCAGCGCCAGGGAUUACAUGCUGAGGAGAGAUCUCUCAGCGUCCGCCAUGCAUGGACUGACUGAACAGCACCCAGCGACCUCCUCUCACCAUCAUCCCCACCAUCACCAUCACCACCACCACCAUCACGGAAUGUUCCUGUCCACCACAGCGAGCUACGGACACCCAGAGGUCUUCCCCGGGCUCCACGAGCAGUCAACGCCGGGAUCCCACCACACUUUAAACGGACAGAUGCGCCUGGGCUUGCCGGGGGACUUGUACCGACCGGAACAUUUUAACCAUCGAGCCGAGCACUACCCGGCCACUUCCCUGCACAGUUACAACUCCAUGAACUUAAACGUUAACCUGGCGGCAGCUCAUCACGGAGCCGGGGCUUUCUUGAGGUAUAUGAGGCAGCCCAUCAAACAGGAGCUCAUCUGCAAGUGGAUCGACCAGGAGGAUACUGCAAAGAAAUCCUGCUCGAAAACUUUCAGCACCAUGCAUGAGUUGGUGAACCACGUCACGGUGGAACAUGUCGGAGGACCCGAGCAGAGCGUUCACGUUUGUUACUGGGAGGAUUGCCCGAGAGAAGGGAAGCCAUUCAAGGCAAAAUACAAACUGGUAAAUCACAUCAGAGUGCACACGGGCGAGAAACCCUUCCCGUGCCCAUUCCCUGCUUGUGGUAAGGUAUUCGCUCGCUCGGAAAACCUGAAGAUACACAAGAGGACUCACACAGGAGAGAAGCCUUUUAAAUGCGAGUUCGAUGGUUGUGACAGGAAAUUUGCCAACAGCAGUGACCGGAAGAAGCACUCUCAUGUCCAUACCAGUGACAAGCCGUACAACUGCAAAGUGAGAGGCUGCGACAAGUCUUACACUCAUCCCAGUUCCCUUCGCAAACACAUGAAAGUGCAUUGCAAAUCUCCCCCACCUCCCCUCUCUUCUGGUUACGAGCUCUCCAACACAUCCUUGGGGGUAGUGUCUCCAGCCUCAGAGCCCGUCAGGGGCCGCACUGCCAGCGUCUCUUCGCAAGUCACCAACCUCAAUGAGUGGUACGUCUGCCAGGGGAGCGGGGCAGCCAAUAGCCUCCACACACCUUCAAGCAAUGGCGCCUCAUCCGACACUGAGGAUGAGGAGGUUUACAGGGACCCAGAUCCCAGGACUAUGCUCUGACAGAUGAGUGCUGCAGAAACGUGCAUGUGGGCACCUUGAAAAGCGUCGAUCGAGGGUUUGUGGCAAUGGCAGCCAACCAAUAAUACCAACUGCGGGUGUCCUGUGGCCACUUUAAACCAAGUAGGUUCAAAAGGCCUAGGAAAACAACUUAAGGGCUAUGGACCUGAUCUCGUGCAGCUUUGUGGCCUAUACGUUCAAUUUUCUGUGUCAACAGAGAUUAUAGUGGGACCAUCGAAACUAAUGAAAGUCACAACUUGAUUUAUUUUAAGAGUUGUAAAUAGUGAUGAUCAAAAGUGACUUAAAGAAAUAAAACCUAUCAUUCGACCUAUUGCAAUCGAGCAAUAGCGUUUUUUGUACCGACCAGAAAACAUCUCCGCGCUUUUUUUUAACAGUCACACAACAUGCAUAGCCUUUCUUAACGCCCCAAUUCCCCUCAGGGGCUGGGAAUGAUUCUUUGAGAGCCCGGUUACAGGGUUACAAGCCGACGGUUCGAGCGAAGGGCUACGCCACACUUCUGACACAAUGAUGGACAAUAUGAUGCAAGUUCGACGGGGGUGGGGAGUGGAUGGGGGAGGGGGGAGUUCGCCAUAUUUCCGUAUUCAGCUGAAAUGACCCAGUGCUAGUGGUGCAAUAAUAAAACACAAAAAAAAGGUACAUACUGUUGCAAAAAGAAAAGUUGAAUUAGGACCUUCCUAAACGAGUCACAUAUCCGUAAAUGCUGAAACUCUAUUUGACCCUGUGAAAUCAAUAAUUUAUCCCAACCUUUAUUGGGAUUCUGGAGCAGCAGCCUCUCGUGCGAUCUUCUAUCAUGGUACAGACAAAAAUAUUCAUAUUUUACUCAUAAUUAUUCAGGCCUUCGUGCAAACAAACUAAAGAGCACUAAUAUGUCCUUAGAGGCCAGAAGAUACAAAAAUGACAGGCCUGUCCCUGUAGGAUUUGUACAUAAUUGUGAGCUGCGAGUCGUUGUUAUCAUCGUUAGCUACCUUAAGAUUCUCGUCUGUAAAUGUUCUUUUAUUUGUAAACUAUAAUUUAUUUGCUGAUGUGUAAUAUCUUUCUGCAAUAGUACAGAUACACCAAAGAAUUAUAUUAUUACGUUUGGUGCAGUUUCGUGGUGUUGAUAAAUCUGUGGUCUGUCAGAACAUUUAUUUUCUGCUUACUUGAAUGAACUGUGAACUGUGAAGAUGAAGAUAUGUGAUUGUUCAUUCCUUCCGGGUGCUGCAGUUAAUCGUUGUAACUACAGUAUUGGUACGUUAUCAUUACCAUGCAUGUGCAGUUAUUUAACAUUAUAUUUCCAUUAACAAACACCGCCUAGAAUCUCUGAUUGGAAUCUACAAACCUACACUCAAAAUACAACGGAGAGAUCACAUUUCCUUUUAAAUAAUGAAUGGUCCACGUGUAUUUCAAUUAGAAGCGUGUUUCAGUGACGGAGGUUUAGCCGUGUGACAAUGUAUUUUCAAAUUGUGAAUAAACGAAUAUUGUUUUUUCUCAGCGUUAA